AUGGCUCUCAAACCUACCCUUUCUGUUGCAAAUGACAAACCUUAUUCUCAGCCUUCUCUGUAUAGAAGCCUAGUUGGUGCUCUUCAAUAUUUAACCAUCACCAGGCUUGACAUUACCUUGGCUGUCAACCAGGCUUGUCAACAUAUGCAUGCCCCUACAUUUGGUAAUUUUUCUUUCCUUAAAAGGCUUCUCCGCUAUGUUAAAAGCACCCUUACUCAUGGGCUUCAGUUUAGCUCAGGUCCAUUUGUUCACCAUGCCUAUUCAGACUCCAACUGGACAGGCGAUUAUGUGGAUAGGAGGUCUACCUCAAGGUUUUGUGUUUAUCUUGGGCCUAAUCUAAUCUCUUGGUCUGCUAAGAAACAUGCUACUGUCUCUCGAUCCUCCACUGAGGCAGAAUACAGAUCCUUGGCUUAUACUACUGCUGAACUAUGUUGGAUUCAAUAG